AGCUCUACUUUUUAAGCAUUUCGCUCUCUUUAAUCGUUCUCGCGAUAGAUUUUUCUCGGUGAGAUGGAGGCACGCCGCUGGCUCGCGCUUCUUUUGGCACUCGGGUGCCUCUCCGAAGCUCUCGACGCCAGCCCAGGUGACGUCGAUCCGCUCUACAGAACUUGUGUCGAGCAAUGUGAAAAGACAGGAAUCAUCGGAGAAAGCUCCAUCCAGCAUUGCGAGUUUCCAUCCAAUGACAUACCUGUCAACAGUCCAUGGUAUAUGCAAGAACCACUUUACUUGCAGUGGAAGCAAUUGAAUUGCAAGAGUGACUGUCGGUACAAUUGCAUGAUGCAAAGAGAAAAGGAAAGGGAAGAACUUGGUCUCAAGCCUGUUAAAUAUCAUGGGAAAUGGCCAUUCAAACGUGUCUUUGUGUUUCAGGAGCCUCUUUCUGCUGUUCUCUCUGCACUCAAUCUGUUAAUGCAUUUCACUGGCUGGCUAUCUUUUUUCCUCUUAGUAAACUACAAGUUGCCACUUAGGCCUCAGAGUAAGAGGACAUACUAUGAAUAUACUGGUUUAUGGCAUAUUUAUGCAGUCUUAUCAAUGAAUGCCUGGUUCUGGAGUGCUAUAUUCCACACUCGAGAUUUUGACUUGACGGAGAAGUUGGAUUAUUCAUCAGCUGUGUCUUCACUUGGUUUUUCCUUGAUUCUCUGUUUACUAAGGACAUUUAAUGUUAAGGAUGAGGCUUCCAGGGUCAUGCUUGCAGCCCCAAUUUUGGCCUUUGUGACAACACAUAUCUUGUAUCUCAAUUUCUAUCAACUUGACUACGGUUGGAACAUGAAAGUCUGUCUCGCGAUGGGUGUCACUACACUUCUGGUUUGGGCAAUUUGGGCUGGUAUAACUCGUCAUCCUUCACGCGUCAAGUUGUGGGUAAAUGUAAUUGGUAUUGCUCUUGCUAUGCUCUUGGAAAUCUACGAUUUCCCUCCUUACAUGGGAUAUGCUGAUGCCCAUGCUCUGUGGCAUGCUGCCACCAUCCCUCUCACAUAUCUCUGGUGGAGCUUUAUCAAGGAUGACGCAGUAUUUCGGACCUCGGCUCUUGUUAAGAAGACCAAGUAAUUAAUUAGUCUUGGGAGGUUCACCAGGAUGAAGGAGAAGCAGUACCCUUGUUCCAGUGUACUAACAAAUGUAAUCUAAAUUGUAGGGUUUUGGUAUUCCAGACUGCCAGGUUCCAUUGUCCCCAUUAUCCGUAUUUUGUUUUUCUUGUAUGUGAAGUCUGUACUUAUGUUGGCAAGCAACACAUUAUUAUCAUGCUGCUGCUGCUGCUGUUGUUUUUAAGUGAGGUGCAAAUCAGUGUGUUCGCCAUC